GGAGCAGGCAUCCAACUUUGCAAGUAAAAGUUAUUGCAUAUUUCUCCUAUCAAUGAAUAUGUACCGCUUAUUUAGCUUUCCAUGAAAGAGUUUUUGAUCAACAGCUCUCGCAAAGUAGAAAAAACUUGUGCAGCCAAGCCACUCAUUGAGGGAGAUGACAAUGGUCAGAGAUGGAGCCUUGCAUUUUGUCCAACUCAGUGGCUAGCAUGUUCUAAAUGCUGUCACGUACUUCUCCCAUUGCUUUGCUCAGCAAUGCCAUGGAGUUCAAUUCUGAAAAAAACCUCUGGAGCUUCAUGGAUGAGGAAAGAAAGAGCAUCAAGUUGCCUCGGAGACUUUCUUUUGGUGGUGACCAGCAACAAAGUUCAUCAGAAACCAACAACAUUCAUUCAGCUUCUUCAGCAAGACCUUCUGUUGCUGCUUCUGAACCAUCAAUUCCUACACGGCCUAUGAGCCCCGGGACACCAUGGACACUAUCCCCAGUGCGCACCUCUCCCUCCCAACCCCUUCUUUACCAUUGCAUUGCCUCCCUCCACCGCCACGAAGGUAACAUUUUCUCCAUCACACUAUCAAAAGAUUUUAUAUUCACAGGCUCAGAAAGUAGCCGGAUUCAUGCUUGGAAGCAGCCGGAUUGCACUGAAAUUGGUUACAUAAAGGCUGCUUCAGGUCAAGUUCGAGCCAUCUUGUCCUCGGGGAAAAUGCUAUUCACCACACAUGGUGACUGCAAAGUUCGCAUAUGGGAUGCAUCCACUGCAGAGAAUUUUAGGCCGAAAAAGAUCACAACUCUGCCUCAAAGAAAUCGAUUUUUGUUCUUUUCAAGAAAGAGCAGCCAGCAGCACAGUGAUCACAUCUCUUGCCUAGCUUACAACAAGGAAGACAAGCUGUUGUACACAGGCUCGUGGGACAAAACAGUCAAAGCUUGGAAGAUCAACGAGAGGUGUUGUGUGGAUUCAUUUGUGGCUCAUGAAGGUCAUGUAAAUGGGAUUGUCAUCAACCAAGAAGAUGGUUGUGUUUUCACUUGCUCCUCAGAUGGCUCAGUCAAAAUCUGGAGAAGGGUGUUUGGUGAAAGUUCUCACAUUCUGACCAUGACUCUCAAGUUCCAGCUUUCACCGGUGAACGCUUUGGCAUUGAGCUCGUCACCGAACACCACCCUCCUCUACUCUGGCUCAUCAGAUGGGCUUAUAAACUUUUGGGAGAAGGAGAAGAUGUCUGGGAGGUACAACCAUGGAGGGUUUCUGCAAGGUCAUCAUUUUGCUGUUCUUUGCUUGGUAGCCUUAGGAGAAUUAGUCUUCAGUGGCUCUGAGGAUGCAACCAUAAGGGUUUGGAGGAGAGAGGAAGGGAAUUGCUUCCAUUCAUGCAUUUCUGUCAUUGAAGGCCAUCAUGGGCCAGUAAGAUGCUUAGCAGUUUCUUUGGAAACAGAGAAUGUGGUGGGGGUGAAGGGUUUGUUGGUUUAUAGUGCAAGCUUGGACCAAACUUUUAAGGUAUGGAGGGUCAAAGUUUUUCCCACAGAGAAGGUAAACAUGGAUGGGUCUGCCAAAGACCCACAAAGAGAGAUUGUGGAGUGUGAGACAAGUCCAGUGCUGUCACCUUCAUGGGUGGAGAAAAAGCUUCUAGGCAACUAUUUCCAGUAGGAGGCAGGACAAGGACAUCUACCCAGCCCAGAAUUAGGUUCACCAGACCAGUAUCAAUGGUUCUAGAUUGAUUUCUGUUGGGUGUUAAUGACUUGUGGUAUGGUAUGACAUAAAUUUUUGAACCAGUCUUAAGAUUUGAGAACUGAGGUCCCUCUAUCUUUAAU